AUGGAUCAACUAACAGCUCAUGGCCGUUCUUUGCCGCCUCCCUUUCACGCUAGAGAUCUACAACUCCACCACCACCAGUUCCAGCACCACCAGCACCAACAGAAUCCCGAAGAUGAACGAAGUGGGAAUAGCAAUCCUAACAGUAACCCGAAGCGAGAUCCUGAUGAGAAUUAUGGUGUCUCCACCACCACUACCACCACAAGUUCCAACACCCCCCCAACCGGAGGCAAAGAUCUAGUGCCUAUCUCUGGGGAAGGAGAGGUUACAAGAAGACCUAGAGGAAGACCUGCUGGUUCCAAGAACAGGCCCAAACCCCCAAUCAUAAUCACUCGAGAAAGUGCAAACGCACUCAGAUCUCAUGUCAUGGAAGUUGCCAAUGGUUGUGAUAUUCAAGAAAGUAUAUCCAUUUUCGCCACAAGGCGGCAAAGAGGGGUUUGCAUCUUGAGCGCCAGUGGUACUGUCACUAAUGUUACUAUAAGGCAACCAGCUACACCAGGAGCAGUAGUGACCUUAAAUGGAAGAUUCGAAAUUCUGUCCCUCUCAGGUUCCUUUUUGCCACCUCCAGCUCCUCCUAUUGCAUCAGGAUUAACCAUCUAUUUAGCCGGAGGGCAAGGCCAAGUUGUUGGUGGCAGCGUGGUGGGGCCGCUUCUCGCUUCUGGGCCGGUGGUGAUUAUGGCAGCAACAUUUGGUAAUGCAGCAUAUGAGAGGCUUCCUCUAGAAGAUGAAGAAUUGCCGGUGCCUGGAAGCGGCCCCCUUGGAUCCCCGGGAAUUGUUGGCCAACAACAACAGCAAGAGCAGCAGCAGCCACAACAACUUAUGGUUGAUCCUAAUUCAAAUCUUUUUCAUGGGAUGUCUCCAAAUCUAAUAAAUUCAUGCCAGUUACCAGCUGAGGCCUACUGGGGGACAGGUCCUCCUCCCUUCUAA